UGCCGCAGAUAUUGAUCUGUAUCUUCUAUGAAUUUUAAAUCUAACAACAACAAAUAAGUUUUCUGUUGUAUGACAUUGGCAGUAGUAUAUAUACAAGGAACAUUUCAAUAAGUGUAGGCACUGAACUGAUCAAUUUAGAAAUCAACACCUCUGGAAACAUUUAAUACAAGAAAUAUGAGACACAAAAGUAGACAUCACCGUGGCCAUCAUGGGCCUAAAAUUCAAUUGCGCUUUGGGAUGGGGUUAGCUGGGUCAAGCACGAUGGGGCAAUCUCAAGCAACAUAUGGGCCCCAAGGAUAUGUACCCCCACCCAGGAAUCACAAUGCUCUACCCCAAGGACCUCACAAAUACACCCUGGGGAUUGGAUUACUUGUCGUGGGACUUGUGACAUUCAUCAUUGCGACAAUAAUCAUUGGAGUGGGACGAUCAAUGAUUUUCUGGGGGGUGAACCCUCUCAUCGUCGUGGGAGCAAUUUUCUACCUGGUUGCCAUAGUGAUCAUAACUGUGGGGGUAGCGCUGUUUCAGAAUGCAAGGAGGAAGAAUAUAAUGGCUCUGACAGUCGGGACCGAGAAUUACAACAUCCCCCCAGGACCUGUGGUUACAACUAUACAGCCCAUGAACCACGCCAUCCAGCCAAUGCAACAAGAUCAGCAAAUCCAGCAACAAUAUUGGAACCAAUGGCAACAAUAUCAACAACAAAACUCCCAACCAUCCCAGAAUCCCCAGGGUGCACCCCCUCUGGGACAGCCCAAUGUACUCCAAUAUCCCCAGGGUGUGGCUGAUCCAGGUCAGCCAAUCCCUCCCCAAUAUCCUCAGAACCAGGCCUAUUCAUCGCCAUACCAACAAGGGCCAUCACAACAAGUACAGGGUCCUCCUCCUAUCCAGGAGCUGACGCAAGGGCAGAUAUAUCCCCCUCCAUAUCUGCAGGAGUCUCCUCAUCAUGGAGCUCAAGUUCAGGGGUCACCACCUCAAGAAGCUCUAAUUCAGGGGCCACCACCUCAAGAAGCUCUAAUUCAGGGGCCACCACCUCAAGAAGCUCUAAUUCAGGGGCCACCACCUCAAGAAUCUCUAAUUCAGGGGCCACCACCUCAAGGAGCUCCAAUUCAGGGGCCACCACCUCCAAAUGACGGUUCAUCUCACCCAAAUGAGAAUAAGGAACCAACAGCAAAUGGGCAAGUUGAGAAAGAAAACAAAGUUGGAACCGAAAAUAACACUGAUGGAUUGACGCCAGUGAAUUAA